AUGUAUGAAAUCGGAUUAUUUGCAAAAAACGGAUUUUAUCCUCCGACAUCACCCGGCUCCUCGAAUACAUCUUCACCCGACUCUUCGAAACACCAACGUCUACUAAUUCCCGCAACGCCUUCGCCGCCUCACAUAUCUCACACUUACUUUCCUCCUCAAUCCUACCGUUUUCAUUUGAAUAAUAAUAAUAAUAAUAAUAAUAGCUCGAAUGGUAGUAGCGAAACACAUUCAUCAUCAUCAUCAACCGCUUCGAGUCAUGAUCAAUUACAUUCAUGGUUUGUUGCACAUAUGACCACGCAACAACAGCAGCAAAGUCCAGCGACAGUAAGAAUGAUUUCAGAGAACGGACCAGCUUUUCCAUUACCUUUACAUUUACCACCUGGACAUAUGGUUCAACAAGUUUUAGACGAGAAUGGUGUCUUAACACAUGUUAUUAUGUCGCAACCUGGACCAUUACCACCACCGCCUCCACCUCAUCAUCAUCUUCAUACCGGUUAUUCUCCAUCGCCAUAUAAUGGACUUUAUGGUCAUCCGUCACAAUAUCACAAUCCGAAUCUUUACGGAUCUUAUCCAACUGAUACAUUAUCGUACUCUUCACGUUCUCCUGGCAAUCACACAUCAUCUUCACCAUCUUCUACAACUAAUCCGUCACAUUGUCUACUUCACCUUGCUGCUGAUAGUAAUGGGACAUCAGCACCAACUAAAGUUAGUGGUAGUACAUCUAUAAACACUCCAUCAGCUGACGCAACUAAUAAUCAACAGCAUGGUUCGCCUGUGUAUAAUACGAAUAAUAACCAUUGUAGUACGACUACAGGAGGAGGAUCAAGUGGAAGAACUAUGAAUAAUGGUGGUUCAAAACGACGUAUUCUUCCACCGCAUUCGAAUAAAAAUUCCUUUGUAAAUAAUAUUCAUAUGAAUGGUUCACACAAGUCUCCACAUCAUCACCAUCACCACCAUCAUCAUCCACCACCGGCACAUUAUCCGACGUUCUAUCCUGAUAUGAUCGCUCAGCCAACGAAUGAACCUAUGGAUCUAGCAGCUGCAGCAGAAUUCGAUAAAGAACGACAAACAAUCGAAAAGAUCCUAUCGAAACUAUCCCCGCCGACUGUUCACGAUAUCGAAAGUCGAAGUGUAUUAGUCCGAAUUCAACCGCCUCGUGAAACAUCGUUAACGUCAUCUCAAUCGGAUUAUUCCGUUGAUUUUACCAACCUUAACUACGAAUUGUUGCUGUCAGAUAAAGGCAAAGAUGCCAAGUAUAAGCAAGUCUAUUGUGGCGAUGCCAUAGAAAUAACUUUGAAAGAUCUUAAACCUGCGACAGAAUACCAUUUAAAAGUUUGUGCUUGUAUUGAUUCAUGCAAAGGCGAAUACACGGAUCCUGUUCCAUUUACAACGGAGCAAUGUGAACCUGAUCGACCUAGUCCGCCGAAACUAUUGGGCGGACGGCUAAAAAAUUCGUUAACAUUAAAAUGGACAGCAACAGCUGAUAAUGGUUCGAAAAUAACCAAUUACAUUCUUGAAUAUGAUGAGGGCAAAGGACGAGAAUUUGUGGAGAUUUAUCGUGGCAUAAAGAAACAAUUUUUGUUGAGUAAAUUAACCCCAGCUACGUUCUAUGUAUUUCGUUUAUCUGCUGAGAACAGUAUUGGACGAAGCGAAUCUAGUGAAACAGUUCGAUUCAGUACCAUAGGCACAAUACCUUCUGAACCUGAUCCUCCAAUGUUAUUGGAAAAAGGCGUGAAACAUAUAACUCUAUCUUGGACAAGUCGCCCCACUGAUGAAACAUUUACAUUGCAAAUGAAUGAUGAAUCAAAUUAUUUUCGUAAUAAAUAUACUGGACCAUCACUAUCGUAUACUGUGACGGAUUUAUAUCGAAAUACUGAAUAUAAGUUUCGAUUGGCAGCACAUAAUCAAGAAGGACAGAGUAACUAUUCUCAAGUUGCUACUUAUAAGACAUUGCCUGAUCGACCUGAUCCACCUGCGAAACCUCGAAUAAAAGGACACAUUCAAGCCACACAAUGUCGUAUCGCUUGGGAUCCACCAAGAGAGAAUGGCGGAGCUGAGAUUCAACAGUACCAGUUGGAAGUGGAAGAGUCAAAAGGUUUUCAUGUGAUCUAUACUGGUUUAGACACUGAAUAUUUACUUGAACAGUUAAUACCUGGUCAUUUGUAUUCAUUGCGUCUAUCCUGUUCGAGUAUCGGUGGUCAUAGUCAUCCAUCGGACAUUACACAAAUAAAAACGCUUGCUGUCGCACCUGCUUCGUGUCAUCCACCAAAGAUUUCAGGAAAACCGAAAGCAAAUUCUUUGCAUCUUCGUUGGGCUUAUCCUGAUUAUGAUGGCGGUUCAAGUGUCAUAGAAUUUGAAGUUCAAGUCAUUAAUCCUGAUAAUUCAUCACGUAUUGUGUAUCGUGGACGAAACCUUGAGUGUGCUGUUGCUGGUUUAUUACCCGGUCGUCCAUAUCUAUUUCAAGUUCGAGCGUCCAAUCGAGCAGGAGCUGGUCCAUGGUCAGAAUACCUUGAAGUUCUUUCUGGUCCCGGUACACCUGAAGUCCCACGAAACCUUGCAGUUGAAUGUCGGACGGCGAAUAGUGUCUACCUUAGUUGGGAAGAAGGUGCACAUAAUGGUGCAGCGAUAACAGAAUAUCGUCUAGAAUCGUCUCGAAAAGAAAAUGAUUUGUUCACGCAAAUCUAUUGUGGUACGAGUUGUUCAUAUGAAGCGAAAGGUCUUAUUCCGGUUACACAAUAUUUUUUCCGAGUACAAGCGGUAAACGCAGCUGGCCCCAGUCCAUACAGUAUAAUAGUAUCAUAUGUCACACCAGCCACUCCACCAUCUAUUGUUACAUCUGUGAAAGUAAAUCCGAAAUCAACAUCAAUGACGGUUAAUUGGAAAGAACCAUCGAAUAAUGGCUUGCCAAUCACGGGUUACUAUAUUGACAUUGGUGAGAAGGAGUUAAUCUUUGUUCCUCCAGAACUGACUGAAUACACUAUUGACGAAGUAUUACCUGAUACAUCUUACAGAAUUCGCAUACGUGCUGUGAACCCUAUUGGACAAGGUCCAUAUUCUUCGACGGUUAAAUGUCAAACGAAAUGUUUACCACCGGAUGCUCCUCAACUCGAGUGUGCUGUAGCAACACACAAUUCUCUGAAAUUGAAAUGGAAUCCGAUUAAACAUACGACACCGACAACGACGAAUAGCAGUGAACAAGUCCCAUCGAUACGUAUCAUAAGUUAUUCGAUUGAGAUGGAAGCUAAAGAUGGAACUUUUUAUUCAAUCUAUACGGGAAAUACAUCAUCGCAUAAAAUCAGCAAAUUGCAAGAGAAUACAUCGUAUCAUUUUCGUAUAUGUGCGAAAAACGAUACAGCUGCUGGCCCCUGGUCAGAGAUCUACACAUUCUCCACAACAAAAGCGCCACCCAAUGCUUUAAAAGCACCGAAUAUCACCGAAAUUACAUCUACCUCAUGUGUAUUUAAUUGGCAAGCCCAUAAACCACUCGGUAAAGACACAAUCAGUUAUGUAUUACAGCUGCAAAUAUAUCGCAAAGAAGCUGAUUACAGAGAAAUCUAUCAUGGUGAAUCAACGUCCCAUCGUGCCAUUAAUUUAGAAUCCGGUGUUGACUAUCGCGCACGUAUAUGUGCUAUUCGUACGACCAACGAAGGUAUCGCAUUGAAUAGUUCGUUCAGUCCAGCAACACAUUUUGUUUUACCGCGACCUGAAGACUUAGCGGCGGCAUUAACAGUCUCGAAGACAUUGGAGAAUCGGUCGGUAAAUGCGAAUGUCAAUGAGCAACGUGUAUCAUUGAUGAAUCGUAUUCGUUGUGAUAUUCAUCGAAAAUUGAAAUCUAUGAAAUUAUUCGAAAGUCGAAAGUUGACUGAUCAACAAUGGGCAUUCGUUAUCUCUGUUGGAUUCGCACUCUUAGCAAUCUUCAUCGCCAUUUUUGCCAAUGUUAUCUAUUCGAAGUAUAAUAAUGAUUCGAUCCUAUCAGUUGAUAAGACAAUUUCUUCGUCUCCCGGAAUAAAACAAUAA